CCCAGUCGUGGAGGGAAUAAACUUGCGUUAGCAAGUAUUUAAAUUAUGAAAUAUUUAACUCACCUCUGGACAACAUUUGGCGUUUUUUGGGAGGAGUCGUUAACGCUCCGAUAGUUGCUCUAAUUGUGAAAAUUGACUGCGUCUGGAAUUCAGGUGUUGCAUUACCUGGGAUAGACAGUUAAAAAAAUACACAUAGCUCUUUUGAACUCAAGUUUAAGGGUUUUGUUCGCGACGAUAAAGAAAAAAAUAAACAUAGAAUUACUAUGAAAUAGUCACGUUCGAGUGGGAACGGUGAAAGUUCAUCGCGUGUUUACUCAUGGCGCAACAACGCUUUCUGGUUUAUUUCAUGAGUGCCUACAGUUUAGUUUCUGCACAGGUUCUAAAUUAUGCACUCAAAGGUCAAGAGAUCAACUUGGUGCCAUCCAUUUUUGGACAACCUGAUGGAAUUCUCUGGACACACAACAACAAGAAAGUGGUUUUGUUUGACGGCAUGGAGGAGUUUGUCUUCCCUCCAUAUGAGAACAGGCUCACUCUGGACUGGGCCUCAGCAGAACUCGCAAUCAAAGACGCCACAUACGAAGACAGUGGAGACUAUGAAUUGGAAUUGGACGUAUACAAGCAGGUGCAUCGUUCCAAGUAUAAAUGGGAGGUUAUAGAUAAAGUAUCCAAACCGAGGAUAUCCUGUGAAAUUGCCGACACAUACCAGGCGACACUCGUGUGCUCAACAAAUUCCAAACAUCUUCGUUUAGUACAGUUCAAGUGGAGCUCAGGUGGAAAGAGGCAACCGGGUCCCAAUUUAACAAUUACCCUCAGUGAUGAAGAUGAUGAUCGAGUUUACCGUUGUGAUGUGAGCAACCCUCUGACCAAUGAGACGGCUACAUUCACUGCCAAGGACUGCUUCCUGGAUAAAAAAUCUGCUGCGCUACUUGCCACCAUCGUUCCCGUCAUUUUUGCCAUUGCCUUCAUUUUGCUCAUGGUAUUGGGCUGUGUAUUCCGCAGAAAAUUUCCAGAUACAGCGUGUUUUGAAAAUACAAAGAAAGGGUUUUUUAAAAGACGGUGGAGCGCAACAGAAGGGUCCAAUCAAGGUGACGAGACCACAUCCUUCUUGGGCGUAUUCCCUACGCUUCCGUCCAAUCAGAGGCUGCGCCCUUUGCUUCCAAGUGAUUGGAUUGAUUCUGCUUAUGGCAACGAAGAAAAGCACGAUGCAUUAAAUGGGUCAAACAAGGAGUUGACUGGGGAUGAGGGUGUAGAGUCUGAUGCAGCCACUGGCCUCACCACUUCCUCCAAAACACCUACGUCCCGUUUGACCUCUUCAGACUUGAACACUACAACUGAAAAUGAGGAUGUCUCAUCCCAGCAGAUCUCUGGCGACACCUCAGGGGAAACCGAGAGUGAAGUUGACUCCCCUGAAGUUAAGAAGCCCGACUCUACAUCUACGGAGGAGAAAGCUCCACAAGAAGAAAAAGAAGAAAGUGUUUCUGAGCAGGAGCCACUUUCAGACAUUGCGCAAGGAGCGUUGGCGACUGGAGGUGAGGACCGACAGGAAUCAAGCACAUCGGCCUCUGCGGGUGACACGCAGUCAGAUAGUGAAGGUGAUGAGGCCAUCGCAGAUGAGGAACAGAGUGAGACUGAAUCCCAACAGUCCACAACUGACGCACCACACGACAGCAACGCAAAUACAACUGAAAACAAAUGUCCAAUUCCAAACGAACUGAAUGUCGAAUAAUAAUGAUCCCACGCAAAAAUAACCACUAAUGCUACUGCAAUUCAAUUAAUAAAUAUACAACACUGUGACUUUAAUAUUAAUCUCAGCGCAGACUGUCAUAUUGGACUGAUGUUAUAUAAUUGCUUAAGACAUGCCUGCAAUCAGAAAAAUAUGACUGAGAGGCCAAAGUUUAUAAGCACUUAAGUUGUAAAUAGUGUAACUAUUUUUCUACAAAAUACCUGCCAUGUGGAAUGAAUGGUAAUUAUUUCUGUUUCAA